UACAAUACGGAGGUACGCAAUACGUAUUUGACUGUAUUGUCCACGACGAUUUUCGCUGUUCUAUCACAUCCAUCUCACCCCAGACAGUUAUUCAUCUAUUGUAUCGCUGAAUAAGACAAUAGGAUAGACAUAUUCCUCUUGUACUGCUCAAUACCAACCCGCUUUCUACGUCAUCUACCGUCUCUAUCUCAAGCCCCUUUAAGUUAGCUGGUUUUAUAAGAGCACAAUAACAGUAGUUCUCAGCCCAACGUCCUUAUCUGAAAGCAGGUCCCGGGAGAGCAAAAGGAGAGCAAAAAGAAAGAAAAAAACAUCGCUAUGGCCUCCCGCAGGAACGUCUCGACCGAGAAGUCUCUCCUCGAGAAAGAUGCCACAGUCAGCUCGAGCCCGGCUGCUGCGAACGAGCGGUCAAGCGUGGCACCAGCUGUCCCCACGGAGGUGAUCGUGAAACUACUGGCGUUCACAUUCGCCAUGAUUGUUGUUCCCAUCGGCUCAUACUUCGUGACAGUGGACACGAUAUUCCAAGGGAACUCUACAUACGCGGGUGCUCUGGCUGCUAUCAUGGCCAACGUCGUACUUAUCGCCUAUGUUGUUGUGGCAAUGAAAGAAGACCAGUCGGAACAGCAAGAAGAGGAGAAGAAGAAGAACCGGUAGGCAUGUUCGGCUGUACGGUAUCGUGUGGCGCUUCUGCACCCCCCUGAGGAAUGGAUGGCGAUGUUGCAUUUUGUUUGAAACCGCGCCUUGGGACAAUCGCCGAUGCCAGGGGUCCUAGGAAUUUAAUGUCUCGGCAAUCUUGUCGCUUAAUAACAUGCCGAUCUAUGGCUCGCAAA